CUAGACGGCCUCUCGCUUGCCCUUUCGUCCGCCGGCGCCUAUCUCGAUAAUACGUCGACGACUUUCGCCGAAUACCUCCAGAUGUACAAUGAGUCGUGGCUCCGCCUCCAGGAGUCGACUCCGGAUCUCCUCUCGUACGAAGACCGGGCACUCCACUCCACAUGGAACAUCUCGUACGCGCAGGUCAAGCGGCAGAACACGGCGUCAGCGAUGCUACUGCAACUGUGGGCCUACUUCGACAACGAGGACCUGUGGUUCGAGCUGCUACGAGAAUACCACUCAUACGGCCUGGAGUGGUUCAGGGAACUGACGAGCGACGCGCUCAACUUCAUCCAGGCGGUGCGAGUGCUGUGCGAAUACGGGCUAGUCGAGGCGGACACGUCAUUGAGGGAACGCGGAACCGAGUCGCGCGGGUACGGCAUGCAUGCCUGUGUGCACUUGUGGACGGUCCAUGUGUUGAACGUGUCGCGGGACAUUGCUAUGGAGCGGCUGGCGGUGGCAUGCGUGGCGUUGCAUAGUCCAGAGCAAACGGACAGGGGAUGCUGGGCAAUGCAACGGCGGCUUAUGCAGCACGCCAGCCGUUGUGUUGCCACGCUGAUGAUGAGCAGGAUGCCAACUUGGAUUCAGUAUAACCUCGGCAACCUCUAUGGGAGUCAAGGCCGGCUCAGCGAGGCUGCGCUCAUGGACGAGCGGGCACUCCGAGACGACGAGAAGAUUCUAGGACCCGGCCAUAUCUUAACGCUUUACACAGUCAACAAUCUCGGCAUCCUCUAUGAGACUCAAGGCCGACUUAGCGAGGCUGAGGCUAUGCGUAGGCGCGCCCUCCGAGGGAAGGAGAAGGCGGUAGGACCAGACCAUGUGUCAACGCUUGACACAGACUACAAUCUCGGCAGCCUCUACAAUGCCUAA